UGAAGGCAGUCGCUACUCGGGACCGGUUAGACCGGUCGGAUCCUCUGGGUAGAGUCUCUCAUUGGGCCAUCUGCGCCCAGCUGACCGGUCAGGGUCGGGGGACCCGGGAAGGGGCCUCGGACCAGAGGCUGAGCCAGGAUGGGGGGAGAACGGCAGCACUACUACGGCCAGCAUGGAACGCCUCAGAAAUACGACCCAACAUUCAAGGGCCCCAUUUACAACAGGGGCUGCACCGAUGUUAUCUGCUGUGUGGCCCUAUUCAUAGCCAUUGUGGGGUAUGUGGCUGUGGGCAUUAUAGCCUGGACCCAUGGAGACCCCCGAAAGGUGAUCUAUCCUACAGACAGCCGUGGACAGUUCUGUGGGCAGAAGGGGACACCUAAUGAGAACAAGCCUUUCUUGUUUUACUUCAACAUCCUGAAAUGUGCUAGUCCCUUGGUGCUUCUGGAGUUUCAAUGCCCAACUACGCAGAUCUGUGUGGAGAACUGUCCCUCUCGAUAUCUUACCUUUCUCCAAGCCUAUAAUCGCCCCCAGGAACUGGACUAUUAUAAACACUUCUGUGUUGCUGACUUUGACAAAGGCAAACGAAAGAGUCCAGCAGAGGUUCUUAGGGAUGGAGACUGCCCCGCGGUGCUCACACCCAGCAAACCUUUGGCUCGUCGAUGCCUCCCAGCUAUUGAGAGCCACAAAGGUGUGAUCACUGUGGGCAAUGAGACCACGUUUGAUGAUGGGCAUGGCCAGAAGAGAAAUGUAUCGGAGCUGGUGGAGGGAGCCAAGAAGGCAAAUGUGGUGCUGGAGGCAAGGCAGCUGGCCAUGCGCGUGUUUGAGGAUUACACUGUAUCCUGGUAUUGGAUUCUCAUUGGCCUGGUGAUUGCCAUGGUUCUGAGCCUCAUCUUCAUCAUCCUCCUUCGAUUCCUGGCUGGGAUCAUGAUCUGGAUUAUGAUAGUCAUGGUCAUCUUGGUGCUGGGCUAUGGCAUCUUUCACUGUUACAUGGAGUAUGCCCGACUCCGAGGUGAAGCAGGCUCUGACAUCUCCAUUGGGGACCUGGGCUUCCAGACUGACUUUCGGGUGUAUCUGCACCUCAGGCAAACCUGGCUGGCCUUCAUGAUCAUCCUGUGCGUGCUGGAGCUCAUCAUAAUCCUCCUGCUCAUCUUCCUGAGAAAGCGCAUCCUCAUUGCCAUUGCACUCAUCAAGGAAGCCAGCAGGGCUGUGGGCUAUGUCAUGAGCUCCCUGCUAUACCCACUUUUUACCUUUUUCCUCCUCUGCCUCUGCAUUGCCUAUUGGGCCAGCACUGCCGUCUUCCUGUCUACUUCCAAUGAGGCUGUUUACAAGGUCUUCAACGAGACAGCCUGUGUAGCCGCUGGACAGACAUGUAAUCCAGAGACUUUCCACACCUCAAAUGUGACCCGAUUGUGCCCCGAUGCUCGGUGCCAGUUUGCCUUCUAUGGUGGGGAGACUGGCUAUCACAAGGCGCUGCUCGGCCUGCAAAUCUACAAUGUCUUCAUGUUCUUCUGGCUGGCAAACUUUGCACUGGCUUUGGGCCAAGUGACGCUGGCCGGUGCCUUUGCUUCCUACUAUUGGGCCAUAAACAAGCCAGAUGACCUUCCUGCCUUUCCCCUCUUCUCCUCCUUCGGCAGGGCACUCAGGUACCAUACUGGCUCCUUGGCCUUUGGCUCCCUCCUUCUUGCCAUCGUGCAGGUAAUCCGUGUGAUACUUGAGUACCUGGACCAGCGGCUCAAAGCUGCAGAAAACAGGUUUGCCAAGUUCCUCAUGACCUGUCUCAAGUGCUGCUUCUGGUGCCUGGAGAAAUUCCUCAAAUUCCUUAAUAGGAAUGCUUAUAUCAUGAUUGCCAUCUAUGGUACCAACUUCUGCACGUCUGCCAAGAAUGCCUUCUUCUUGCUCAUGCGGAACAUUAUUAGGGUAGCUGUCUUGGACAAGGUCACUGAUUUCCUUUUCCUCUUGGGGAAGCUUCUGGUUGUGGGGAGUGUUGGAAUUCUGGCAUUUUUCUUCUUCACCCACCGAAUCAAGAUUGUACAGGACACAGCACCCUCCCUCAACUACUACUGGGUUCCCAUCCUGACGGUGAUCAUCGGCUCGUACCUGAUUGCUCACGGCUUCUUCAGUGUCUAUGGGAUGUGUGUGGACACUCUCUUCCUCUGUUUCUGUGAGGACCUGGAGCGUAACGAUGGCUCCCCCGAGCGUCCAUACUUCAUGUCCCCUGAGCUGAGAGACAUCCUGCUGAAGGGGAAUGCUGAGGCCGGGAAGAGUGAAGCCCAGGAGGAAUAGGGUGUUCUUGGGUGCGGGGGUGUUUGGGGCCCCCUCCUGACACAUGGAGUGCCAGGGAGAUGGAAUGGGUUUGCAGACUGGGAACCAGGCAAGGGCCCAAGGCUACUUUUCUCCCUUUGUAUGUGGUGGGGUGUGGGCACAAGGACACGAAGCUUCCUUGGCAAGGGAGAAGAGAGAAGGGAGAAGGCUGGGUCGUGUUUGUGUCUAGGGUGAACCGUCAACCCCUAGGCCCCUGUCCUGCUUCUUAACCCUCACCUCCCUCCUGCUGGCCAAAGCCCUCGCCAUCUUCCCUGCCUCUCCCAUCUGCCCCCCGUCCCCUAAGGUCUGGGCCCUCUCAUGGACCCCCUUCUCCUGGGCCCUCUCUCUGCAGUGGAGGACCUGGAGCGGAAUGAUGGCUCCGUGGAGCGGCCAUACUUCAUGUCUUCCAACCUGAAGAAGCUCUUAAACAAGACCAACAAGAAGCUAGCUGAAGCGUAGGCCUCCUCCCAGGCCUCUGUGGAGGGGAGGGGAGGAGGUGGUUUACAUUAGGGUCAGUAUAUGCCAUGACUCCCUGAGGGCCUCUGCCCCCCACUAACCUCUGCCAGCCCACAAGACGGUGCCUAAACAAACCCCAUGGGCCAUUGGAUGAAGGGGCCUCACUCCUGCACUCUGGUUUACACUCUUAGGGUAGGCAGCCAGUCCACCAGUCCCUCCCCAUCCUUGGGCCCCUUCUCCAGGACUCAUUCAUCUAAGAGACUGCCAGUCACAGGCCCUCAGUGGGUAACUUUUUUUGGAGGGGGGUGGGAGAGAUUACUCUAGUGCUGAGAAAUCUCCAAGAAAGAUGUUCUCUUCACUCUUCGCUUGGUUCCCCGGUCAAAAAGGUUUUCUUCUUGUCAGAUCCUUUUGGCUUGAGGCCAGGCCUUCUUUUUCUCUGACCCUGAGAAGGGUUGAGGAGGGGGCAGGCUGAGCUGUGCUUGGAUUCAGCCCUGGGAUCCACCUGGCCCAAGGGGCCAGUUUGCAAGAGUGGGCGAAGGGGAAUGUUAACAACUUAUUCUGCUGCUUUAAAGAUGACUUUUUAACCUACUCCUCUGACUAUGUGUUCCUACCUGAAAAGGGUCUAUUUUUCUGACUCAUUUCAUACUUAUGUGCGGUAAAAAAAAAUCUCUUGAAUUUUGCAUAUUCCUGUUUUCAGGCUCAUGGGCUGAGGUUUGGGUGUGGGGUGUGGAUGGACCUGUCAUGGAUGUGUGUGAGAGAGAGGGAAAGAGAGAAGGAGGGAGGGAGGGAGAGAGAGAGAGAGAGAGAGAGAGAGAGAGAGAGAGAGAGAGAGUUAUCCCUCCCUUGCACCUGUACAUCUGCUUUUAGCAUGUUUCAAGCUGGUUUGUAGAGAUAUAGUGAGUGGGGUGGGAGGCCCUUUGUUUUCCAUCUUUCUCUCCCAUCAGGGAAAAGGGGAGAGGGAUUGGGGUGGGAGGCAAGGGCCUGGUGGAGUGAGGCAGGCAUAGGAAAUGGUAGGUUGGGGAGGAGGAUGAAAACUAAUAGCCUUUUAAUGGAAACCUGAUGGAAGGGCUGGGAAGGUUCUCUUUCCUCAUUGUUGAUAUGGCUGGGAUCCCAAGGGCAUUUUCUUCAUUUGAAAGGAAGAAGGCUGGCAAAGAAAGGUAACCAGGAGAUGGGACUGGGUAAAUGAGCCUUCUAUCUCUCUUAGGCCCUGGAGCUGGGCUCAGCUAAUCAGGAUUGCUUUAUUUCACUUGCUUAUGUGGGAUGGAGGCUUUCUUGAGCCUAGUAUUUUAAUGUCCUGAAAUUCUAUUCAGUAAGUUUUAUUUCAUUUUCCCAAAGAGAAGGGAGUAUUUCCCAACCUUGGGGUCUCCCACAUCCUGUGCCUGCUCUGAGACUCCUGUCCUCUCCUGGGCCCAAUUGUCUGUGUGCCCCCUGAUUCCCUACUCCCUGUGUCUAACUGCAUUCCAACCGUUAAUAAAAGUGCCUAUUUGUACCAGGAGCCCGGGCCCUGUGGUGCUUUGUUCUAAAUGGGGCUGGGAGGAAGAGGGAACCUGCCUCCAGUUCCGGGACCAGUGUCCCAGAUCAACCUCAGGUUUGUGUGAGCCUGGAAGAGAGGAGUUUCUGAGGCAGGAGACUUGUCCUGCUUUUUACAGGGUCAGGUUUCCCCCCAAGGAGUUGGGAACAAUCGUCCCUUAUCAACUUUUGAGUCCCACA